CGCGGUUUUCAAGAAUUGUGUCAACAACAAGUGGACAACUAUUUUAAGAGGAUGUCAGUUAUUCUUCUUAUUAUAUCUCUGGAUUAUACACAUUUUCAACAGUAAACAUAAGAUACUUUAUUUAUUAAAAAUGUCUUGCAGUAGUUCUGGAGACUAUAGCGUCAAUUAUUAAACAUAUUCCCUACACAAGUUCUAUGUCCCGUAAAUAUUUUUUUACGGAUGCACUUUAAAAAUAUAUGACUCUGUUUGGAUAGGAUUUUCUACCAAGUAUUUUUCAUCUCUACGCCUAUUUUCACUCGUAUUUCUGCCUUAAAGUUAUACUAUCUCACUCUUGAAGUCGUGAUGUUGGUACAAAAUGAUACUAUGAAACAUAACAUCAUUAAGGAUGGUGAAAGUCAGCCAAUUCAGGCUUCAGUUGAAAUUAAACACUAUCCAAAAGAAAGGUCUGCACGCAGUACCAAGCGUUCUAAUCCCAUACGCAGUACUGAACGUGGUCGUCAGAAGUCAUUGAACAUUAUGCUUUGUGGCUGUUUAGUUCCGGGAACAGAGUGCACUAGCAACAUAGAACACCCUCCUAUUGAUAACAAUCGCCGACUUCUACCAACUAGUGCGAUUCAGUCGAUGGAGUCUCUCAGUAUUUCCAGGAAGACUGGAUCAAAUCACUCCGUUCAACCUUCUGACACAUCUGAAAACUCAAGCGUCGUCAGACUGCAACCAGUGGUCAAUUUGCCUUCUUGUGCCCUUAUAACAGACGCACUUCUCUCACAAACAAAACGAGUAGGUAUGACAACUGAGACUAUUCCUUCCAAUGGAACGAAGCGUCAAGGAUGGCGAAGUUUCAGAUUCAGUCGUAGGAAAGAAACAAGCGUUGGUAAGACAAAGCAUUAUGACCCUGUUCUUGGAACAACCGUCACGAGGCCUGUUAAAAGCAGUGCGUCCCACUCUGAGACAGAGAAAAACUCAGAUGUAGACCAGUCACAUGUUUUUUCACCUUUACCAAGUCAGGCGUUGCCGGAAACUGUAAAUACUGAUGAGCAUCAAACAGCCUUGCUUGGACCAAAAAGUGAAGCAGAUAAGAGUAAAAAGUGUUUUGUCAUUGACUUGGAUGAAACUCUUGUACACAGUUCGUUUAAGGUGAUUGAACAUGCAGAUUUUAAGGUUGGAGUUGAAAUUGAUGGAGUUACACAUCGUGUAUAUGUUCUCAAACGACCACAUGUCGAUUUAUUCCUAUCAACAAUGGCCAAUUUAUAUGAAUGUGUAUUGUUCACUGCUAGUUUAGCUAAAUAUGCUGAUCCAGUUGCAGACUUUAUUGACAAAUGGCACGCUUUUCGAUAUCGGUUGUUUAGAGAAUCCUGUGUAUAUCAUCGUGGUAAUUAUGUGAAAGAUUUAAGUCAUUUGGGUAGACCAAUUAAUCAAGUUGUUAUUUUGGAUAAUUCCCCAGCAUCGUAUAUGUUUCAUGCAAGUCAUGCUGUUCAAAUCUCAUCAUGGUUCGAUGAUGCAAAUGAUCGCGUUCUAUUAGAUUUAAUCCCAUAUUUUGAGAAACUUGCAACUCAACCGAAUGUUGUUGAUUUCCUUAAGAAUAAUGUUCCGCCUACUCCAUUUGCUGCCGUUGGUACAGUUGGUUUACCUGCAAGUUUAUUUCCUCAUGCAGCAUUUCCUGUUAGUGGUAAAUCCACUACUGAUGGUAAUUCAAUAAUAUCGAGUAUAAAACGUCCAGCUGUUGCAUCUCCAUUCCCAGUAUCUUCUGCUGAUAAUCGUUCUCAAAAUCAAAAUCAAAUGUCAUCCACUAAUAUUAUCACCAAUGCUCCUGCAACUACUACUACUACUACUUGUACGACCGUUUCAACACCUAUAGAAUCUAAAACAAUAGGUUCAACUAAUUCUGAUGCCCUGCCGGUUAUCACUAAAUUAAUACCUUCUAGCAGUGGUCCUACACUAACACCUGUAGCAAAGAAACAAGAUGUUUCCACUUUUCCAGCGCCUUUAUCUUUAGCUGCCUAUGUACCUAUCACUUCACCGUCAUGUUUAAAUGCUGUAGCUAGUACAAAAGUAUAUCCAAUUAGUAGUUCAGUGCAAACAUUUAUCCCUGUUACCAAUACAAAUUUAUCCAAUUCAUUAUUGUCAAACGAAACUGUACCACCUUCAUCGUCACCAUCACCACCACCUCAAAUAUCUGAAAAAGUCUCAGGUAUUUCAUCACUAUCGCCAACAAAUCAGUCCUGUCACAUUCCUGCUGUUGUUAAGUCUACUGAACAGAAUUCAGCGGUUGUUAAUAAGCAAAAGAUUGCAUUGAAUUCAUACCAUCAAAAGAAACCACCAGUGCAUACAAAUAAACGACUUGUUAAUGUAUCGAAUUAUUUCAAAUCGAAUCCACAUACUACUCAUACUAAUACUACUACUACUACUACUGCUGCUGCUACUAUUACAACCACAACUACUGUAAUCGGUGAAAAUCAUAAUCGUCGUUCAUUAUCAGCAGAUAAAAAGAAGUGA